CACGGGUACAUUACCCUAACAUACACGACUGUCAUGGCGCGGGAACAUGCUGACCACGAUAUUGAUGACGAUAUUGUUUGUCGCGCUAACAGCUUGUUGGACCUGCUGGGACCACGGUGUACACCCGUGAAGGACGUAGAGGACAUCAGCGCCGAGCACUUCGUUCUCCUGUAUCAUCACGUGACGGACCAAAUCGUACCAGGCUCGGCAGUUAUCAAUUCUAAGCGAGAUGGCGCCAAAUUCGUUCAAUUUAUCAUCGACUCGUUGGCAGACGACAUUUUCGGCAUUCCGAUGGACCACAUGGCUGGCACAGGAAUUGUUUCCGGAAACAGGAGAAUGAUUGCGGAUCUGCUGGAAAUCUUCAGUAGCAUCAUGCUUCCGGAACAGACAAACGAGGAGAUAACAGACGGAAAUCUCGACCAGACAAAUUCAUUGGAUGGCUUAUCUGGUCCGAUGAGGGAAGUCCUUCGCUCUCUCCAGGAUGACGUGGAGUUCCUGGCGAGGUCGGCUAUGCUACAAAGCACAAAACGCGCGGCCAUACACAAAGCUAAAGACGUACAUACCCAGACCACGCCCACCUCCGUGACAUCGUCGAUCACCAGUCCAAUAUUAUGGAAGGACGUCUUCCGGAAAACAUCACAGCGGAGUAGUUUUGGGGACAAACGGCAAUCCCAAAGUCAAGCAAAUCCAAUUUCGAGAAGCACAAGUAAAUAUCUGACACAGAGUUAUCGCCCAGGUAAAACAAUGUCAACUCCAAAAUAUGGCAACACGAUGUCAAAGUCUACCAGCUGUCUUUCCAGACGUACAGUACAAGGGACUACCAGACCCGGGACACGGGCGGCGGCUGUGUCUAGGACUACCCCAACCACAAGCCCGGAAGUACAGAGCGGUCUGUGCAGGCAACGAGAACAAAGGAGAGAACGUGGUACUCUGAUGAAACGGAAGGAUUUAAACAAAGAAGACGAGCCUCCUUCACAAUUAACGACCCAGGAGCUCAUCAAUCGCAUUUCGUCAUCUCUUCAUCUGACGUCACUGCUUGAACGCACUCGUUCACCACAUGUCCAGCAACAGAGGACGACCCUAGCAACGGAUGCCAACAACAAUUUACAGCUGAUUGACCUGUGUCCGUGUAGAACGGUACGACCAUCCGUAUCUGAAAGACGAGGAUCGAAACCGCAGAUCCAGCGACCAAUGAAAAAAGUGGUAAAACCAAAGCCCGUUAUUAGUUCAAAAUUGCGGCGCAAAAGUUCAACCGGAAGUGCGUCAUCAAUGCAUCCGUAUUAUCAGCACGAGACAUUCAAGUCGUCUACGAAAAUGUCUGAUCAGUUGUGUAAAGAUCCGAUGUGUUACAAGAAGAUGAUGAAGCUGACAGAUCAAGUGAAAUCCAUUAGAGAGCGACGACAGGAAAUUAAUAAGCAAAUCACUCAGUUACAACAGGAGAACAACAGUCUGCAGCAGUUAGAGGAUCUCAUCAUUAAGGAGAUCAGAUUGACCAAAGCCAUCGAAGACAGAAAACGCCAACCUCGGGCUCGGGGUAUAUCUGUGCUUUAAAGUGACAUCAUGUUAAAUAGUUGAUCAACAGAUCUGAUGCAGAAUCAACGUCCAUAUACCACACUGGUAAAUUUAAGUGGAUACUUCCAAAAGGAAACGGAGAAGUUGAUGAUUCUAACAAGGAGCAUGAAGCAUGAAGCACGAGCAUGUACUUUCUUCAAAAAAUAUUGAACUCAAAGGUACUUCAACUUAAGAAAACACUGAAAAUCAUACUUAAGAAUAUCAACUUUAUUUAUUUAACAACAAUUAUAAAACAAUUAUUUUUUCAACUUAUAUUACUCACUCUUGUUGGCCGAAUGUUAGUGGCAGGGGGUCUUAGUGUGGGAUGAAACCAGAGGACCAGGUGAAACCCCACGUGGUCGGGCAGACGACCCCAUACCUUUUCACGUCCAAUCGGUGAAUCGAACCCCGGCUGCCUUGUGAAAGGCGAAAGCGUUAUUUACUGCGCCAACCGGCCAGUUCAUUACUUCCAGCAUGAAAUAUCAAAGGCGAUAUUGAAACCGAAAAUAAGAACUAGAAUAAUUGGAGCAUUGCAUUUAACAAUGGCGAUGUCGGGACAACUAAAGAGAAUACAUGAGGGAGAAGAUUGUUUUGUUACAGGAAUGGAACAAUGAUCAGGUUUCCUACCACAUGUAUUGUGUAUAGCUAUAAUGUGUCUGAUCGAUGCAUGUUGUACACAUCUGCAGGAAAAACUCUUCAGUUUACAAAUAUAUGAUGUUUCUCCACAUCUGAGAAAAGUUAUAUCUUACAUGCUGUGUGGUUUCCGUGUUGCAUCUUGACAAUCUUCCUUUAGAAAUGGGAGUUACCUCCCCUACACAACAUUUCCUCGAAAAAUAUUUUGCUCUUUCCGUCUAUGCGAACGACUAUCGAAUCUUGCCCUAUUUUUCGGCAGUGCCGUUUAUUAUCGACUAAAGUUGUUAAGUAUGAAAUCCACACCAUGUUUAUUAUGCACUAGGUGGUGCUACGGGUAGGAUUGCUUAUAAAAACACCGAUUUUAGGCAAGAGCGAAGCGGAUUUGAGUUUAUAAAUGGGCUGGGAAUAAUAGACGUUUCCAUGCCAAAUAACUUCCGCUAUACGACCUAAAUGUUCAUAACAUACACCAUCCAUCUUUUCUGAAAGUACCAAAUUAUUUCAGUAAUUGGAACAGAAAAGUCAGUGUAUUAAAACGCGUGUAGUCUCCCGCUGUUUAAAAGAGAGAAAAGGUACUCCUUAAUUAUACAUGUAGUUGCAGUGAAGUGCGUCGUAUGAAUCUAAUGAUUCCUUUGUACGCGUAAUUACAAUUCUUUUUUAAUAGUGAGAUGCGUAAUACAGAUGUAAGUUUAUAAAACAUACAAGAACGAAGUUGUUUAAUGUCGCCCACUUUACUUACGUAUAAGCUGACAUUAGAAUUGUUAUAAUAUAAAAUAUAUAUAUUAGAGUUGUCAACUCGGUCGGACGACAACGAACCGGUUACCAAAAUCAAUAACGGAAUAGUCGGAUAUUCACAUAACCCUUUGGGGAACCCCAUGUCUCCCUGGUUUAGACCUACAAAUUAUCUAUAUAUUUGCGACCAAAAUCGGUUAGUUGUGUAAUAAAAAAA